AUGACAUUACAUGGCUACCAACGGGUCGACUCGGACCCUACGCUCAGUGAAAAUCAGCGCGCUGAUCUCCUCAACGGUAACGCAGACUUUGCUUCGACAUACAAUACCGGUUUGGGCAUCGAUCUCGAUGAAAGUAGCUUUGAUGAAAUUGAAAGACGUGAGCUAGAAGACCACCUCGGUGAAAUCCCAGAAACCUUCCAUCGAAGACAACGUCGGGUAAGCUGA